AUGAUCAUCGGCGACAGUGACGAUGCCUCCAUCAACAGCGUUACAUUCACUGCCACUCACAAGCUCAAAAGAUCUUUCACCCACGAACUGUACAACGGACUCGAAGAAAGUAUCAUCUUCGAUGAGUCAGAUGCCGAUGGUUUGACUUUUUGUCACAAUGAUGCUCUCGUCAUUACUUUGUGCAUUUUAGAUACUGAUGUAAAACGUAUCAUGGUGGAUGACGUGAGUGGAGCGUGCAUUAUCCAUCCCCGAGUCCUCGCCCAGAUGAGACUCGAGGACAAGAUAGUGCUUUGCUGCAUCACACUAACCGGUUUUAAUAAUACAGUUGAAUGGACAAUGGGAGAAAUUAUACUCUCUGUCUUGGCCGGUGGCACAACGCUGGAGACGACAUUCCACAUCAUGGACCAGGCCACCCUAUACAAUGCCAUAGUAGGACAACCAUAG